CUUCUAUUGCAAUGGACGCAGCUGAAGCAGCGCGCGAACGACGGCGGCAACGCAUCAUGGCGAACGCUGGAAACCGCCUCCAAGCACUGGCAGAGACAUCGCGAGCCACAUCGACGGAAGCGCAGCACAGCCAUGCCGAUGGUGCAACGACAUCAACUGCGACGGCGACGGCGACGGCCACGGCGACUGCUCAGCAGGGAGAAGAGUAUGAGCGACCUCGAGGACAAGUGGUGGCGACCGAGACAGCGACGAGUGCUGAGCCCAGUGCUGCGAAUGCUAAUGCUGAUGCUACUGCUGAUGCUGGGUUGAUCAAGGAGACGCCUCAGGCACACUCGCACGCGCACCACGGAGGCAGCGUCGUGGCAGCGAGCGAGACAACCGCCGCGACAGCAACGACCAAGCCCGAGUCCAACCAAGCAGACGAGGUCACUCCAACCACAAGUAGUACAACUGAAACGAGCAAGCAAGAGAAACAAGACAGUCCGGCCGAGCAGAGGGAACGCGCUGCGUCGCAAGCCAGCCACCACGAGACCGACGCAAAGCUCGUCCAUCGUCGUAGUCCAGCAACAACCACUGCCGCAACGGCAGCACCAGUCGCACCACCCGCGCAAGAACGACCAGCAGCUGGUCCGCACACACCCAAGCAACAAGUCGCACCAGCCCAACAGGCAACGCCAAAACAGCCAACACCACUCCAGCCGAAAUCAGCUGCAGCUUGGGGUUGGCCCGCCUAUCGGUUGCUUCUCGCCGCGCUGCUGGGGUUGCUUCUUGCUGGUGAGGCGCUUCGAGCUCUGUUGGCUGAUCCUGAGAUCAAGGGUACCGAGUUUGUUGUUCUGCACCGAGUUUUAAGUGAGGGUUACGAUUACCCGUUGCUUCACGGAAUGUCCAUCAUUGUAGCUUUUGCUGUCAUGGAAGCGACCUUUGCAGUAUUUGAAGGCAAUCUUUUGCCGCUUCUUAUGUCGGUCUUUACCCCGAGUCCAUUCGGCGGAUCUCCCAUCAUGCGACUGUUGCCAAUUGGCUCGGCCCUCUUGUCGAUUCUCAAGAACGCGACGCGUGAUUUCGCCGCGUUCUUCUUCCUGUUUGCUACAACUUUAGCAUUCCCGCUGCUAUUUGUCGCCCAGGAAGUAAAAGAUGAACUGCUUGAUGAGACUUUGCAGUGAUGGCAACCCGAAUGCAAGUUCUGCACGUCUUUGUAUUUUUGAUACAUUUUUUUCUGCUUGUUUGCCUUGGUGCACUGCCUUGGUUUUUUUUUUUCGCUCAG